AUGUGCCCUUCUUUCGCGGCCGUGGCUGGCAAUCAAGUUGCUCAGACACACUGGGAUCUUUCAACUUCACUCAACGGCUUCUCCUUCGAAAGAGCCAGAGCCAUCUCCGCCAAAACCAUUGAUCGCACCGGUGUUCGCAUGUCACGACUCAAGAGCCUCAAGCACAAGACUGGCUCCCAUCCGAGAUCUGCUCUCUCCCAUCUCACACGAACUCAUCUCGCAGCUGCCGGGAAGGGUACCGUCCCUCACCAAAACAUUUCUGCUGUCGGGAGCUUCUCCACUGCGUACGCUAUCCAGUGCACCUGGGACGACACCCCGGUUUGGCUCAUCUUCGACACUGGAAGCUCUGACACAUGGGCUGCCAAGACUGGAUUCACCUGUGAGGAUGCAUCAGGCAACUUGAGAAAAACCCAAUCUCCAUGCAGUUUCGGCCAACCUCAUAUCGAGAACUUCCUUCAUGAUAUCUCCGAAGUCUACUUCCAUCGCCGUUAUGGCUCUGGGGAGGAUGUAUCAGGGCCCAUGGGAGUCUCUGAUAUCGCUUGUGGUGGGAUUUUGGUCCCCAAACAACAAGUCGGCUUGGCCAGCAGAGCCUAUUGGCGUGGUGACAACACCACUGUUGGUAUUUUAGGCCUUGCCUAUCCAUCUCUAACAAGCGCCUACCUCGGUGACCCCAACGACACUUCCGAUGAAUCUGAAUGGAACAACUACCCUUACUCGCCUUGGUUUACCACAGCUAUCUCAAAAGGCGUGGUCGAUCCUGUCUUCAGCGUUUCUAUUGAAAGAAACACCAGUGAUGGCGUCCUGGCUUGGGUUAAUCCUGCAGCGAGAGUGUUUAACGCCAAGCUCGUUGAGCGUGAGAAGACUGGCUGGGAGCCCUCUUUCUACACCAUCAUUCCUGAUGGCUUACAAUGGGGAACCACUACAGACACUGCAAAAUAUCCCUACAUCGUCGACACUGGGACCACAAUGAUGCAUAUUCCCCCUCCUCUAAAAGCCCUGGCUGAAGCCAUUGCCAAAGCUUUCCAGCCUCCAGCCACGUGGAUGUUUGAGUGGAGUGCCUACUUUGUCGACUGCAACGCCAUCCCUCCCCAUUUUGCAGUCAUCAUCAAAGGGGUUCGGUUCUGGAUCAACCCAGCUGAUUUGAUCUAUCAGGAUUUCACGGAACCGGUGACUGGGAAAUGUGCAAUCGCAAUUUCGACGGGAGGAUCUGGGCCAUAUAUUUUGGGGGAUCUGUUCUUGCAGAACGUUGUGGCUCUCUUUGAUGUGGGUGGUGCAGAGAUGCGUUUCUACUCCAAAUAG